GAACCGGAGCAACUCGAACCGCCCCUUCACUUGGUUGGUUGGAGUUGGCUUUUCAAAACAGACUGUUUUCAGUGUCCAUUGUGGAUGAGCUUUGUUAGGCUCUUCUUUUGUAUCUCUUUGCCCUUCUCUCUCUUUUCUCCUCACUUAAUUACUCAGACAAUUGUAGAAUUCUUUGGUUUCUGAAUUGGAGUAAAUAAUUGAUCAAAUAUGGCUUCCACAUUGUUUAGAAACAUUCAAACCCACCCACUAUUGCUGUAUCCAACUUCAUUCUUUAGAAGAAAGAGUAGUGUUUUCUACUGCACAGUGAAUAGCACCAGUCCAACAGCCACUCAAGAAAAGCAGCAGUGUCCUCGAAUCAAAGUUUCACCACAAACUCAGUCCAAGUCACUUGAUAAACUUACAAAAGACUAUGAGACAAUCAUUGGUAUAGAAACCCAUGUCCAACUCUCUACUUUAACCAAGGCCUUCUGCAGCUGCCCAUACAACUAUGGGGCACAGCCAAAUUUCACUAUCUGUCCCGUUUGUAUGGGUUUGCCUGGUGCUUUACCUGUUUUGAACUCUAAAGUUAUUGAAUUUGCUGUGAAAUUAGGCCUUGCACUUAAUUGCAAGUUGUCUUUGAACUCAAAGUUCGACAGAAAACAGUACUUUUAUCCUGACCUUCCCAAGGGAUACCAAAUAUCUCAGUUUGAUAUACCAAUUGCAACCAGUGGCUAUGUUGAUUUAGAUCUUCCUGUGGAAUUUGGUGGUGGACAUAGGAGGUUUGGCAUAACCAGGGUUCACAUGGAAGAGGAUGCAGGGAAGCUGCUUCAUUCAGGAGGUGGAAGUUACUCACAGGUUGAUCUAAAUAGAGCUGGGGUACCGCUGCUUGAGAUUGUUUCUGAACCGGAUAUGAGAAAUGGUAUUGAAGCUGCAGAAUAUGCAGCAGAGCUACAGAGGGUGGUCAGGUAUUUAGGUGUUAGUAAUGGUAAUAUGCAAGAAGGUUCUCUCCGUUGUGAUGUGAAUGUCUCAAUUCGACCAAUUGGGCAAUCAGAGUUUGGGACAAAGGUUGAGAUAAAAAAUUUGAAUUCGUUUUCAUCGAUUAAUAGGGCCAUUGAUUUUGAGAUAUCAAGGCAAGUUCUUCUCCACAGUCAAGGCCAAAGCGAUUCAAUUGUACAAGAAACUCGUCUUUGGGAAGAAGGCGCUCAGAAAACAGUUACAAUGAGGAAAAAGGAAGGGCUUUCUGAUUAUCGAUAUUUCCCUGAACCAGACCUUCCAGAAGUUGUUCUCACUGAAGAAUAUGUUGACAGUAUCCAAAGUUCCUUGCCAGAACUUCCAGAGACAAAGCGUCGGAGGUAUGAGAACAUGGGCCUAAGCAUGCAGGAUGUUCUUUUCCUUGCAAAUGACACGAGUGUUGCAGAAUUUUUUGACGCAACUAUUGCACAAGGUGCUCAAGUGAAGCUGGCUGCCAAUUGGAUAAUGGGUGAUAUUGCUGCCUAUAUGAAAAAUGAAAAGGUGUCUAUAAAUGAAAUCAAGCUUACUCCUAAAGAGUUGGCUGAGCUCAUUGCUUCAAUCAAAGGUGGGAUUAUUAGUGGAAAGAUUGGGAAAGAGAUUUUAUUUGAGCUUAUUGCAAAAGGUGGCACUGUUAAGGGACUGAUAAAAGAAAAGGAUCUUGUUCAGAUUGUAGAUCCUGCUGAGAUUGAGAAAAUGGUGGACAAAGUGCUGUCUGAGAAUCCAAAGCAGUUGGAACAAUAUCGUGCAGGCAAAACUAAGCUUCAAGGUUUCUUCGCAGGCCAGGUGAUGAAAGCAUCAAAAGGUAAAGCAAAUCCGGGACUUCUGAACAAGAUCCUUCAAGAAAAAUUAAAUGCAAAAAGCUGAGACUUUGUAGUUGGAGAUACACUAAUCUUGACCUGCUGACGGGAAGCCACUGCUGAUCCAAGGACGUGAUUUUGCCAGCAUUGCCAUCUUGCGAACUGGUUACCAACAUGGAGAAGCAAAUUUAGGCCUGACAUGGAUACAUAAAUUGAUAGCAUUUGGUUGGAUUAUGAUUUAUAGUACCAUGCCUGAUGAUGGAUAUAAUUGCAUGAAGGAUCAGUAGAUUUUGGCAAAUUAUGGUAGUAAUUUCAUUAGUUUUGCUACAAGUUAAUAUCAAGCUGCAACUUCAUCUUGUUUUGCACUCAAAAAGGAAUUCGUACAUACCAACUCAAAAUAAUGUAAUUGUUUUUUCUUCUUCUUCA